AUGCAAGUACAGCAAACGACGAACCCGCCCAAGGCUUACGACGAUGAUCCCGGAGCAUACCAGUCCUCUUUGGAAAAUACGUUGGUGAACGGCUCGACGCCAUCCCCACGGCCCCCACCCCCUCGCGCGAGUGCGGGUGUCUAUCAAAGCUCCGAGUCGGACUCAGAUCCAGAUCCAGAUGACGAUAUGCCUCUGGAUGCACUGCGCAACAAGACUAAGCAUGUAUCUGAGAAGAGAAAAACAGAUGCUAUGUCCUCGUCCGACCAAAGCAGCUUUGGCGAGGGCAGUGAUAUCACUCCUCAGCCCCCGCAACAAAAACGCCUCAAACGCACAAAAGGCCACCGCCUAGCCCGUAGGUCGAUCGAGAAUAAUUCUCGCUGUGAUACAGAGUCCCUUGCUUUUACUUCGCAUCUUGAUGGACUGCCCCCGCUUGUGUCGCCCUGGGAAUCCGCUGCAAGCUCAAGCACAACCGAUGAAGAACUCCUACAUACUCCCCAUGAGUCACCCAAAUUCAAGGGGAUUCGUCGCGAAAAGACGAGGACGUAUUAUCGUGGUAUGAAGAUCCUGACUCUUCACCUUAGCGCUUGGCACGGGGUUAUCGUACAGCUCCUGAUUUAG